AUGAAAUAUGAAAAAAAAUAUUGGAAUGAUAAAGGGAAAAAGAGAAAUGAGAAACAAUUAAAUGAUGAGAAUUAUAGAAAUAAUAAAAAAUAUCAAAAUGAUAGUGGUUAUAAUAAAUUGAAUAAUAAUAAUAAUAAAAUGCAAGGAGAAAAAGGAAAUUAUAAUAAUACACCCUUUUUAGGAAAUAUUAAAAAUAAAAAAUAUAAUUAUGAAUCAAAUACAAUUGGUUUUGAUAAAAGGAAUAACAACCAUGAAUACAUUCCAUCGUUUAAUAAAAAAAGUGGAAUGCAUCAAAAAUCAAAAAAUUCGAAUUUAUAUUAUCAAGAUAAAUAUGGUAGAGAAAAUAAAGAGAAAUCACCUAGAUAUAAUUAUCAUCGUAAUAAAUAUAAUAAGAAUUAUCUUGAUGGUGAUCAUAUAAAUAAUAAUAAUGAAAAUUACAAAAGUGAAUAUUAUAAUAAUUAUAUGGAUGAUGGUAAUAAUUUUAAUUAUAUGGAUGAUAAUAAUAAUAAUUAUAAUUAUAUGGAUGAUGAUAAUAAUAAUAAUUAUAAUUAUAUGGAUGAUGAUAAUAAUAAUAAUUAUAAUUAUAUGGAUGAUAAUAGUAAUAAUUAUAAUGAAAAUAUUAAUUAUAAUAAUAAUAUGAAUGAUCAGGGAAAAAGCAUCCCUGAUAUUAGACAAGAAGAUAUCAAUAUAGAAUUAAAUAAGUUACAUAGAGAUCUUCACAAUUUAUUAUUUACAUCACCAAAAAAUAAUAAUAUAAAUAAUACAAAUGAAAAUAACAAUUUAAAUUUAGGAGACCCUAUGUUCUUACAUAAUAUUAUGACUAAAAGUAGUCAAGACAAUUUCGAUGAAAUGGAACCUCUAACAAAUUUUAAUGAUUCUCAGAAUGAUUUCGACAAAAAUUUUGGGAAUUUUUUUAAUUCUUAUGAUAUGAAUGUUAAAUAUAAGGAAAAAAAUAUAAGAGCAGUAGAAAAUUACGAGAAGGAUAAAAAUGAAGUGAAUGAUUAUGGUAAAAAUUAUAACUAUAAUGUAAAUAAUCAAAAUGAUCAAAAUUAUGAAUACGAUAAUGAUAAUAAAAAUAGAUAUCAUAAUUUAAAUAAUAAGGGAAAUUUUAUUAAAGGUAAUACUACUACUAAUAAUAGUGAUGUAUUAAGUCAAUUGUCAAUAUUAAGAAAUAUUCCUUUUAAUAAUUCUAUUGAAGAGGAAGAAAAUGAUAAAACGAGCAAAAAUGAGAAAACAGCUAUGAUAUUAAAUGAUUUAAAAAAAUGUCUUAAUAAAAAUGAAUCGAAUAUAUAUGAAAAUACUGACAAUACAUUAAGUGGUAUAUCAAAUGAAGGUGAAGAAUAUAUAUAUGAAAAUCAUAUGCUGAAAAAUCACUAUGUAGACAAAUCACAUAAAAAUCACAAUAAUAAUAAUGAUAAUAAUAAUUAUAAUAAUAAUAAUAAUUUUCAUAUGUAUCAAGAAAAAAAUGACAAUAUAGUAAAAUACACAAAUGGUAUGUAUAACUAUUUGAAAAAUGAUAAUAAAUCUAUAGAAGAAUCCUCCAUAUCUAAUGGAAGCAGUGUAGAAGAUACAAAUGAAAAUAAAACCAAAAAAGAAGAAGAAUAUACCUACAAUGAUAUGUUAUUUCCAAAAUCUAAAAUUGAAGAAUCCUUAAGAGUAUUAAAUACAUUACAAGUAGAUAUAGAAAGAGUUUGUUGUUACAUAAAACAUUUUAUAGAACCACCUGAACCCUUAUUUGAAGUUAUGGUAAAUGUAUUUGUGGAUAAAAAAGUUAGCAUAAAUUCCAAAAUGGCUAUAUUUUAUGUAUAUAAUCAUUUAAUUCAAGAAUUAAGAAAUAAUUUAAAAAAUGAUUUGAUAAAAUUUAAUUCGAUAGCAGAUAAAGGAUUACAUAUAUUUGUAAUUCCUGUAUUGAGACAUAUAUUAGAAGAACGAGGUUAUGAAGAAAUGAUAAAUAAAUUUUUUAGGUGUAUAGGUAUUUGGAAUGAUCGAAAUGUAUAUAGUAAAAUUGUAUGUGAUCAAUUAAAAUCUUUACAAAAAAAUCCAAAUAAAAAAAUGGACUUUUCUAUGAAACAUCCAGGAUAUCAAGCACAUAGUUUAUUAUCUAAUGAGUUGUCAAAAUUUUUACCAAUAAAUUUUAUAUUAAAAAUGCCGAGUACAAAUAAUGAACACAAAAAAGCUUUACAACAUAAAAUAUUAAGUGCCUUAUUUAAUAAUAUAUCAAAAGAAACCUUAAAAGAAUUUCAAACUGACGAUAUAGAAGAAGCAUCCAAACUUUCCGAUAAAGUUAUGAGAAUGUUUGGACAAGAAUUAGUAUUAAUUAAUUCACAAAUACUUGAAUUAUCUUCAUUGAUAACAGACAAUAAUAAUCACUUGGUAAAGAUACAAAAUGCCUUGGAAAAGUUAAAUGAAUAA